AUGUCCACUGGCACGGCACUUGCGGCGAACCCACGCAGUGGAAUCGAAGUGAGAUGCUAUUGGGGAAUUAUUGCUGAGGACAACCCCGCCUGCAGCCAUGCAAUGCAGAAUCAGGGGCGCAGCACAUCCAAGGAUGAAACCCUCAAGAACGAAGGCUUGCGAUCUCUCAGGAACGGCGGUCCCAGCAGAUCUAGGCGUCUAAUUCCCAAUGCCGACGCCUCCAGCGAGAACUUUAGCAGCAGCACUGGAAGCGAAAGCUGCAACAAGAGCACGAGCUGCGAACCGACUCGGCAGACUGAGAAAUCGGCUUUGCAUGUAUUUUGCAGAGUGAAGCCCCUAUCAUUCAAGGAGACGAGUGGUGGCGGCGGUGGCACUGGCAGUGCUGGCAACAGCAUCAGCAGCAUCAGGAGCACGAGCAACAACAGUCCCCGUACCGAAGAAGGCGCAGUUCGUAUUUUGGAUGGGCAGCACAUUGCCGUCCAACACGCUUGCGAUUUUAGCCGAGUGCACAACGGCAGCAGCAGUCGCAGAAACACCUGCGAACCUGCCAACGCAGUCUUUGCUGUGGAGGAAGUCUUUGGGCCUGAUAGCUCUCAGCAGCACAUAUUCGAGUCGGUUGCUCUGCCGCUGGUGCAGCGCUGCUGUAGCGGCCGCGAGGCAUGCGUUGUCGUUUACGGCCAGACUUCCAGCGGAAAAACCCAUACACUCUUAGGUCCUCAGCAGCAGCCGCAUCGCGAGGCUCUGCAGAAGCGAGCUGCCACAAGGGGUUAUCAGGAAGCUCUCGCAGUAGAUGGUGAAGUGGGCCUGUUACAGCGUGUGGGUGCUGCUUUGCUACGGCUGCCCCAGGAGCAACAGCAGCAACAACUAGGCAGCCAGUUGCGCGUGGAACGCGUGUCGAUAUCUUUCUUGGAGAUAUAUAAAGAGGUCUUAACGGAUCUACUGACAGGCGAGGGACCCCUGCGCUUGCGUCAGCUGCAGCACCCGCACGGAGGAGUGCAAGUGAUCGGCCUGAGCGAAAUACAGCUUUCUGAUGUCUUCACGCUACAACGUGCUGUUGCUGAGGCCCUCAAAAGACGCCGCUGCAACAGCACGCAACUGAACAGCAGCAGCAGCCGCUCACACCUUUUCGCAUGUUUUUCCGUCCAACUGAGGGAUGUCAGCACCGGCGAAGAGCGCAGCGGCGUAUUGCGCCUUGUCGACUUAGCCGGCACGGAGCGCAGUAGUGCUGCAAUGACGCAAGGCUCUCUGCUGCAGGAAGGUGCUGCAAUCAAUCAGUCGCUCUUCUGCUUUUGCCAGUGCAUUGACGCCCUGGUGUCCAGGCAGCGAGCUCUAGCGGGGGGUGCCAGCAGCUCUGCAUGCUGUUGUAACACGCCUACAGGCGUAAACUUCAGAGACAGCAAGCUGACACGGCUGCUGCAGCCGGCGCUAACCGGGGAAGGGGGGGCAGCUGCACUGCUCAUAUGUGUCUCUCAGCGGCAACAGCACGCGCGCGAUACCUUUAAUGCGCUGUCCCUUGGCUGCAAGGCUUUGCAGCUCCAGCCCAAGCCCCACCAGCAACAACCGCAAAAGCAGCAGCAACAGCAGCAGCAACAGCAGCAAAAGCAGCAGCAACAGCGGCGGCAGCACCAACAGCAAAAACAAGAGCUGUACAGGCAGCAGCACAUCACGACCCUCCGCAUGCAGAGUCUGAGAAAGGCGGCCCUCCUGGGGCAGCAACUCGGGGCGCUGCUGCUGCAAAAGCAACAGCAGCAGCUGCAGCAGACGCAGGAGCAGCUCUUGCGGGAUACGCGCGAAGCCCUCGCUGGCCAGCUGCAACUGCUGCAGGAGGUGCAGCAGCGGCGCGGCACAAGCGGAGACACUACGUCCGCAUAG